GAUGUCACAGAGGUCGGCUUGGAGCUGGUGGUAAUUUCUAGCAGCCCGGCAGACCUUUUCCUUCCCUCGGUGGAAUACGUUGGUCUGUCUCUGAACGGCUCUAAGGGAGUUGUUUAGAUCCUUUUCUCAAAUCAUGGUUUGAGAAACUGCAGGUUUCCGAAGCAGCCUAUAUCAGAAACCUUUUCCUUCUCUUUGGAGGUGUGAAAGAUGUUAGACUUGAAAGUGAAGAUUCUUGUUGGCAUUGCUAGCGGUCUGCUGCUUAUUAUAUAUAUGCUGUUAAUUUCUCUUUAUUGGCUUGCCAAGAAAGCAGACAAGGAAGCCAAAUUUGCAGAUUGUGGAGAUGUCAAAAACUGUGUUGAAUCAAGCAAAAUCAUUCAAGGAAAGAUCAUCGGGGACGAACGCACUACUGAUGAGUCUUGUACCCUGCAGUACUGUGAUGAGUGUAGCAUCUAUGCAAAUACUGGCACCCUGCCACCUUGUAUUUGUGGCCUCAGUGAUGGCUGA